GAUCAGCCGACGCCGGUCAGUCUGCCUCAAACAGUAACGUGGAUCGGUCCCUUCUUAGUCGUUUGUGAUUGUUGUUACUCACGAGCAGUGUGUGUGGCGUGUAGCAAGUGACGAUGGACUGGCACCUGAGGACUGCUUGGUGUCUGAUGGUGGCGGUGUGGUUGUACAGCAGUGUAGGCCAUGCCACUGGCUUCAUCUGGAGCUGGAACAAGAACAUGAGCAGCGACUGGGGGAGCCAGGACACCCAGAUCUACAAGCCUGUCAUCCCCAAGCCUGGCAUCCAGAGUGGCACUGGAAGCAAACCUGCAGACUACCCACAGAAGCCUCCGUACAACCGCAAUUAUUUCGGUCAGCCACCAGGCACCAGUAAAUUGACACAUGAGGCCAGAUAUCCUGGCUACCAACAGGGCUACCCAGGAUAUCAAAACUAUCCAGCUGGAUACCCCAGAUCUCCUGGGGAUUAUGGACGUCAUGGAGGCUACCCAUCAUCGUCAGGUGGUAGCACUUACGAUGGGCACCAACAAGUGUACACUGGCUCUCCAGGCUUCGUCCAUUAUCCGAGCAACAGAUACUCUGGUGGCGGCUCACAGUGGAGUCCUCCAGGAUACACACCCAGCUACAGUAUGAUACCAGGCCUCGACGGUAUCUACAGUGCCAGGGGCAGCCGUUUCUCGACAAGUGGCACUGGAAGCAAACCUGCAGACUACCCACAGAAGCCUCUGUACAACCGCAAUUAUUUCGGUCAGCCACCAGGCACCAGUAAAUUGACACAUGAGGCCAGAUAUCCUGGCUACCAACAGGGCUACCCAGGAUAUCGAAACUAUCCAGCUGGAUACCCCAGAUCUCCUGGGGAUUAUGGACGUCAUGGAGGCUACCCAUCAUCGUCAGGUGGUAGCACUUACGAUGGUCACCAACAAGUGUACACUGGCUCUCCAGGCUUUGUCCAUUAUCCGAGCAACAGAUACUCUGGUGGCAGCUCACAGUGGGGUCCUCUGGGAUACACACCCAGCUACAGUAUGAUACCAGGCCUCGACGGUAUCUACAGUGCCAAGGGCAGCCGUUUCUUGACAAGCUACCAUUCCAGCCAGUUUGGACUCUCAAAGAAUUUUUUUAGGCCAAGCUUCCCAACUGUCAUCUCCUUGUCAAUACCACACUAUCACUACCCUUCAAGCAUUCCACCGAAGACGACUUGGGGCUGUGACUGCUAUGUCCAGCACGCAACAGCAGUGUGCAUGUACGGGCUGAAGGAUGACUUAAUACCACCUUGUGUGGGUUUGUCAGUCACUGCAGUGUUCAUCCAGUCAGAGGAAGUUGACUGGCUGUCUGUUGAUGCAUUCAGGUACGUUCCACAUCUAAAGUACAUAAACAUGACGGACACAAUGCUCAUUUCACUGCCAAGGAACCUUUUUCACUACACCCGUGACCUGAAGCAUCUGUUGGUUCAACGAAAUCAUGACUUGAGAUCUUUGGACCGUGAUGUCUUCCAGGAUGCUAGCAAGCUUGAGGAUGUUAUUUUGGACCGCAAUGGCAUCAGUUCACUGGAACAAGAUGUGUUCAUUCACUUGAAAAGUGUCCAGAGGCUGAACCUAGCCUACAAUAAGAUCAGGAGCCUGCCCAUCGGUAUCUUCAGAGAUAACCGAGAACUACAGGAGCUGGUGUUAUCAGGGAACCCACUGCACUUUACCUCAGAUACAGCAAAGGACCUGAUGAGAAACAAUGGCAAACUGCGAGUGCUUCUGAUGCGCAAAUGCAAACUCGAGGACCUUGCAACUGGCCUUCUGGGAAGUUUAUCAAAUCUGGAAUGGCUGGACCUGUCACACAACAGGAUCUCUAAGUUUCCUUUGGAGUUCAUUCAGAACUGCACAAAGCUGUCCUACUUAGGACUCGCCUACAAUAAGUUUAGGGUCUUCAGCUCAGAUAUGUUUUACCAACGUGGUGGAUCUCUUGCUACUUUGAAUCUGGAAGGCAACCCUUGGCACUGUGACUGCGAUCUUCUGCCACUGGCCAGCUGGGCCAGUUUGCGAAAAGACGCAGUGCCGGGACAGCCCAGAUGCAGCACCCCACAUUACCUCGAGAAAGAAUCCCUGCAGCACUGGUUCCACAGCAAAGAUGUGAUGAAGUGUAGUGGCGCCACCUCGUCGCUGCGAGCAGAUCUGAAUCGUGUGCUGUCCGUGGCUCGUGCCAUCGCCGAGCAGCCGUUGAGCUUCUUUGCAAACUUGCUCCCCGUCUCCGACGAGGAAGUCAGUUUAACUGCUACGUAUUACUUUUUGUAUGCUAUGGCUGCCCAAACCAGUGACGACGUGGAGAGUGUGGUGUGGCACUGGGCACGGUUCCUCGAGAAAGUUUUGGAUAGGCGGCACCUCCGCUACGUGGAGAUGGCCACCAAUAUAGGCAUCGAUCCUAUCGGCUUGGACAGGAAUCAGCUUCUCGUCAGUAAGCUGGUCAAAGAUGAUCCAUUUAAUUUUAAGGUGGACUUAAGCAUGAACCCAUUUGCAACUACCACCACAAAGCCACCAACAGCCAGAGCUAAUGAGCAGCCCCUGAGGCCAAAGGGAUUUGAACCAUUUAAUUUUAAGGUGGACUUAAGCAUGAACCCAUUUGCAACUACCACCACAAAGCCACCAACAGCCAGAGCUAAUGAGCAGCCCCUGAGGCCAAAGGGAUUUGAACCAUUUGUAAAUUUCACUUAUGUUCUGAAAAAUGUUCCACAUAAUAUGACAAAAGUUGUUGAUGUGACUAUUGAGGAAGAGCUGAAGAUUGUGUUUGGAAUUAUCAGUCGUACUAGUGCCAGCAGCCCGAGAGUUACAGCAGCCAAUGGAAUACCACGGAAUUCAGAAGGCUUCUACAUGACUUCAGAAUCUGCCAACGACAUGGCAGUGCUGCCAGAGAAGUUGAAUGCCACAGAGCAGAUGGUGGCCGGCCUGUGUUUUGAGCUUCGCAAAAUGCUUUCCGUUCUACUGCAGAGCAUUGAUCAGGCCGAAUUGGAUGCCGCGUACCAAAAGUUUGUCAACAAGGAAGAGGAGAAAGCCACGAAAUCUCCACUGCAGCCAACACUCACCACUGAUCCGAUGAGCACAAGGAGAGUGAGAAGCAGUGCAGAGAGCUGUGUGCUGACACAGCCUCGACUGACUGUGCUUGUUGUUUUUCUGACUGUAUUGGCCCAGCCUCUUGUGUAAUUGCUCCAUACAGCUGUGCAUGUAAUAGCCGGCUUUUGCUACUUUUGCCUAAAUUUAUUAUAAAAUGCAUUUUCAUCAUCAA